AACGACGGGGGUCACGGCGGGGGUCAGAGGGUAAAGGUCUUGCUCCCAGCAGCCUCCGCGGUGGAUACGUCGCCAUCUUGGAUCCGCGGGACAAGAAAAUUCAUGCGAGGGAGAACUGGUGGGCGGUCCUUCCUGUGACACGACCCUUGAGUGACAGUUCUAUUUGAUUGCCUCCAGUACUGUGAGGAAAGGACACGACUCUAUGGUGAGGACUGAUGGACAUACAUUAUCUGAGAAAAGAAACUACCAGGUGACAAACAGCAUGUUUGGUGCUUCAAGAAAGAAGUUUGUAGAGGGGGUCGACAGUGACUACCAUGAUGAAAACAUGUACUACAGCCAGUCUUCUAUGUUUCCACAUCGGUCAGAAAAAGAUAUGCUGGCAUCACCAUCUACGUCAGGUCAGCUGUCUCAGUUUGGGGCAAGUUUAUACGGGCAACAAAGUGCACUAGGCCUUCCAAUGAGGGGGAUGAGCAACAAUACCCCUCAGUUAAAUCGCAGCUUAUCACAAGGCACUCAGUUACCGAGCCACGUCACGCCAACAACAGGGGUACCAACAAUGUCACUUCACACGCCUCCAUCUCCAAGCAGGGGUAUUUUGCCUAUGAAUCCUAGGAAUAUGAUGAACCACUCCCAGGUUGGUCAGGGCAUUGGAAUUCCUAGCAGGACAAAUAGCAUGAGCAGUUCAGGGUUAGGUAGCCCCAACAGAAGCUCGCCAAGCAUAAUAUGUAUGCCAAAGCAGCAGCCUUCUCGACAGCCUUUUACUGUGAACAGUAUGUCUGGAUUUGGAAUGAACAGGAAUCAGGCAUUUGGAAUGAAUAACUCCUUAUCAAGUAACAUUUUUAAUGGAACAGAUGGAAGCGAAAAUGUGACAGGAUUGGACCUUUCAGAUUUCCCAGCGUUAGCAGACCGAAACAGAAGAGAAGGAAGUGGUAACCCAACUCCAUUAAUAAACCCCUUGGCUGGAAGAGCUCCUUAUGUGGGAAUGGUAACAAAACCAGCAAAUGAGCAAUCCCAGGACUUCUCAAUACACAAUGAAGAUUUUCCAGCAUUACCUGGUUCCAGCUAUAAAGAUCCAACGUCAAGUAAUGAUGACAGUAAAUCUAAUUUGAAUACAUCUGGCAAGACAACUUCAAGUACAGAUGGACCCAAAUUCCCUGGAGAUAAAAGUUCAACAACGCAAAAUAAUAACCAGCAGAAAAAAGGGAUCCAGGUGUUACCUGAUGGUCGGGUUACUAACAUUCCUCAAGGGAUGGUGACGGACCAAUUUGGAAUGAUUGGCCUGUUAACAUUUAUCAGGGCAGCAGAGACAGACCCAGGAAUGGUACAUCUUGCAUUAGGAAGUGACUUAACAACAUUAGGCCUCAAUCUGAACUCUCCUGAAAAUCUUUACCCCAAAUUUGCAUCACCCUGGGCAUCUUCACCUUGUCGACCUCAAGACAUAGACUUCCAUGUUCCAUCUGAGUACUUAACGAACAUUCACAUUAGGGAUAAGCUGGCUGCAAUAAAACUUGGCCGAUACGGAGAAGACCUUCUCUUCUAUCUCUAUUACAUGAAUGGAGGAGACGUAUUACAACUUUUAGCUGCAGUAGAGCUUUUUAACCGUGAUUGGAGAUACCACAAAGAAGAACGAGUAUGGAUUACCAGGGCACCAGGCAUGGAGCCAACAAUGAAAACCAAUACAUAUGAGAGGGGAACAUAUUACUUCUUUGACUGUCUUAACUGGAGGAAAGUAGCUAAGGAGUUUCAUCUGGAAUACGACAAAUUAGAAGAGCGGCCUCACCUGCCAUCCACCUUCAACUACAACCCUGCUCAGCAAGCCUUCUAAACAAAGACUUCCCUUUUCUUGGGGUAUGGCUGUCUCAGCACAAUACUCGACAUAACUGCAGAACUGAUGUGGCUCAGGCACCCUGGUUUUAAUUCCUUGAGGAUCUGGCAAUUGGCUUAUGCAAAAGGUCACCAUUUGAGGUCCUGCCUUACUAAUUAUGUGCUGCCCAACAACUAAAUUUAUACUUUGUUUUUCUCUAGUUCGAGCAGGGUCUGAAUUUUUUUCAUUUAUUUUCUUUUUUGCCAGCAGACAGACUUGGGUCUGUAAAGACAAACAAGUACACUGACAGAAGUUUACCAUUUAGUUUCUAAAAUGUAAAAAAAAAACCCACAAAAGACUCCACAAAAUUAGACCACAAAAUUUGCAUUGUUCAUUGUAGCACUAUUGGUAAUAAAAUAACAAAUGUUUGUGCAUUUUUAUGUGAAGAUCCUUCUCGUAUUUCAUUUGGAAAGAUGAGCAAGGUCUGCUUCCUUCAUUUUACUUCCCCUUCUGUUUUUGAAAGGCAGUUACGCCAAGCUUAACGCAAGAAUAUCUGACUGUUUAGAAGAAAGAUAUUGCCACAAUCUCUGGAUGGUUUCAGGGUUGUGUUAUUACUGAGCUUCAUCUUUCCAGAAUGAGCAAAACACUGUCCAGUCUUUGUUACGAUUUUGUAAUAAAUGUGUACAUUUUUUUUAAAUUUUUGGACAUCACAUGAAUAAAGGUAUGUAUGUACGAAUGUGUAUAUAUUAUAUAUAUGACAUCUAUUUUGGAAAAUGUUUGCCCUGCUGUACCUCAUUUUUAGGAGGUGUGCAUGGAUGCAAUAUAUGAAAAUGGGACAUUCUGGAACUGCUGGUCAGGGGACUUUGUCGCCCUGUGCACUAAAGGGCCAGAUUUUCAGCAGCCAAGGACAUCCAUACCCAAGUGAAUGUGAUGGGACUUAACGAAGUGAACUGAGACAAUUCACUCUGGCUGUUUGAACAGCAGCGUUUCAUAGGAAGAGAAAAAAAGAUCAAUCUUGUAUUUUCUGACCACAUAAAGGCUUCUUCUCUUUGUAAUAAAGUAGAAAAGCUCUCCUCA